ACAUCUCGUAUUUCAUUUUCAGAGGAAUCAAAACCGAACUGAACUCAUUCACACCCACCCGAGUCUCGGACGCGCAGCAGCACAAUGUUGAAAGCGUUGAUUAUUCAGACCAUUUGUGCCAAUAAUGGAUCGCUGGAUUGGGAUGAUUUGGUGUCAAGAUUCGGUUGCUGUGAGGAUGUUGUGAAUCAGAAUGAAUCUUUCGCUGUUGUUGUUAUAAACGGAAGGAAGACAGUUUUGGUGAGAAGUCAAGUUCGCCUGUGCAGAGCGCAGAACUGCGGCGGCUGCGCAAAGCUUCAUCUGUGUAAACAUUACCUGUUCGGCUCGUGUCGAUUCAAUAGAGGACGACGAACAUGUCGGUUCAGUCAUGAUCUGAUCUCAGGUCAGAAUUCUGCUCUUCUCACCUCUCAUGGCCUGAACAUGCUAGACAGAAAAGAGCUUUGUGUUCUUCUGCUCCAAAAUGAUAAUGGCCUCUUACCACAGGUGUGUUAUUCUUAUAAUAAUGGCACAGGUGAAUAUGGGCGAUGUGAGCAAGGCGAGGACUGUAAGAGAAUGCACAUCUGUGAGAAAUACCUGCGAGGGUCCUGUGAGUGUUCCCGGGCUCAUGAUUUCUAUGAGCCUCAUCCUCUAAAGACCCUACAAAACAGAGGGGUGCCCACUGAACUCAUGUUCAUCAUGAAGGAUCUCUACACAAAUAUUGAAGCCUUAAGGGAUCUAACCAAAAACAAACAACCAAAAGCUGCAAACACUAAUGGUGCCAAAAACAGAACCAGAAAUCAAAAACCGACAGAUACUCCUAAUGCAAAUAAAGGACAAAACAAGCCCUUUCAAAACUCCACAGAGAAAACUGAGAUCUGUAUGUAUUACAUCAAAGGAUUUUGUAAACAUGGAGACUCCUGUAGAAAGGAACAUUCCAGUGUUCCGUAUCAGUGGGAAUUCCGAGACGGAUCCGAGUGGAAAUCUCUUCCUGACAAUGAGGCUGUGGAGAAGGAUUAUUGUGAUCCUGAGAAAUCAUACAGCUCUGGAAUGCCUGCGGUUUCUUUUGAUACGAUGACUCGAGGUUCUCAAAGCGUCAGGCGUCUGUCAACGGUGUCAUCAGUCAUCCAACCCACCUUCAUUCUGACCACAGAGUGGCUCUGGUACUGGGAGGAUGAGUUUGGAAACUGGAUCCAGUACGCAACAUCAGAAGGAGGUCACACAUCUUCAUCCAUCAGUAGUGCUGAGUUGGAGCAGAGUUAUCAGACUGACAACAGUUUAGUGAUUGAGUUUAUUGCUGGAUCGCAAACCUAUCAACUCAGUUUAAAAGAUAUGAUUCAGACAAACAAAUCUUAUGGAACUAAGAAGCUCGUAAGACGUCGCCCCAAAUUUGUUUCUGCAGCUGAUGUUCAUAUAAUCAAGAGAACUAAACGGACACCCAUCAAUUUUAAGAGUCUACCAGAACACUGGGAUAAAUCUCUUAUUCCUGACACUGGAUUUAAGAGAGUGAAGCUGCUGAGCUCAUCUGGUGAAUACAGCAAGAUCCAGAAACUGUUCAACGCCACUAUGAGAGGAUAUACCAUUCAGCAGAUUGACAGGAUUCAGAACAAAGCAUUAUGGGAACAAUUUCAGUUGCAGAAGGAUCAUAUGAAGAAGAAGAAUGGGGGCAGAGAUGUGAAGGAGAAUGAGCUGUUUCAUGGCACAGACCCAAAGUAUUUAGAUGCCAUCUGUCUGAAUAACUUUGACUGGAGGAUCUGUGGAACACACGGCACAGCUUAUGGCAAAGGCAGUUAUUUUGCUAGGGAUGCUGAAUACUCUCACAACUACACCAAAGAUUUAGGAACCCGUUGCAUGUUCGUUUGUCGGAUUCUGGUGGGCGACUACGCCAAAGGUUCUUCCAGCUACCUCCGGCCCCCCUCUAAAGAUGGAGGAGAUACGGUCUUCUACGACAGCUGCGUGAAUGAUCUCUACAAUCCCACCAUAUUUGUUGUGUUUGAAAAGCAUCAAAUCUACCCCGAGUAUCUGAUUGAGUACAGAGACUCGACUUCUCAUCACACACAAAUCCCUGCGGCAGCCACGAGACCAGCAACAGUGAGAAGACCAGUAUCUGCAUUUGCGUACAGCUCAAAUCCACAGCCUAUCUCACACACCUAUACCACCCCCUCACAUACCACACCCUCACAUGCAUCAUUCUCAUCUAGACCUAAUGUCACCAGCUCACAGGCCUCUUCCCUUUAUAACGCCCCCUCAUUUACCUCAUCCUCAUCUCAAUCUUCCUUGUAUGAUUCUUCUUCACGCAGAGCCUCACCAUCUUCAUCCUCUAAUUCGGGGUGCAUCAUCUCCUGACUCAACUUCACUUUGAUUACUAUUAUUUAGUCUAAUAAUGGCACCACUUUAUAAAGUGUUCUUCAAGUGUUCUUAUUUUUGUGAAAUUGAGGGCUUUAGAUUAAGCAGACAAAGACUUUAUGGGGCGGUUUCCCGGACAGGGAUUAGACUAGUCCUAGACUAAAAUAAAUGUAAGAGCUGUCCAAACUCAAAACAACUUGCACUGACGUACCUUAAAAUACACCAGCGUCCUUUGUUUUGCCUCAAAAUGCACAUAAGUAAUGUUUUUAGUAAAGUAUGUUUGUUAAAACUAGUUAUAUUUCCCAAUUAAAAUCAGGUCUAGUCCUGGCUUAAGCUAAUCCCUGUCCGGGAAACCGCCCCUGAAUGGAUCAGUUUCCCAGACAAGGUUUAGAUUAGGACAUUUAAGUAGUUUUUAUAAACAUACCUUAAAAAAUAAUACUGGUGUGCAUCUUGAGACAAAAAACAGCACUGAUAUGUUUUAGGAUAUGUCUGUGCAAGGUUUUUUUUUAAAGUAAGGCACCACAAACAUGCAUUUUAGUCUGGGACUAGACAUGAACCCUGCUCGGGAAACCACCCCAUGACAAUCAAAUUGCAUUUUUAAGAGAACUUUUAAAAAUGGCCUUUGAAAUCACCAAAUGAAUAAUAAUGAAUGUAGUUCAUUGUCAUACAAAUGUAUACAGUUAUUUCUUAUUUUUCAAGUGAUGUUUGUAAUAAUCACACCUGAUACUGAUAAUAAAGCUUUUCUGUUUCCAAUUGUAAAGAAAAAUAAGUGUUUGUACUCAUACUUGUAGCCUACAUAUUACAUGUAAAUACACAUACAGACUGAACAUAUAAUAAUAAUAAAUAAUAUUUGUCAUA